AGUGAGGUGUGGAUGAGAGAUCAUCAUCUAGUUAGCUUCACUGCUAGCUGCCUGGAGCGUCACCACCGAGCUGUUAUGAGCUUUACAGCCGAAAUACAGUAGAUUAUCUCAGUCUUGAUAGGUGCGACGAUGACCCUCUGACACCAAGGAUGGACAUAAGUUAACAAUGACGGGGGAGAAAAAGAAGAAAAAGCGGCUGAACCGCAGCAUUCUUCUGGCUAAGAAAAUUAUAAUAAAAGAUGGAGGAAGUCCGCAGGGAAUCGGUGAGCCCAGUGUUUACCAUGCUGUGGUGGUCAUCUUCCUGGAGUUUUUUGCAUGGGGUCUUCUCACCACCCCGAUGCUCACGGUAUUACACCAGACAUUCCCCCAACACACAUUCCUGAUGAAUGGGCUGAUCCACGGUGUCAAGGGCCUACUAUCAUUUCUGAGUGCACCGCUGAUUGGAGCUCUGUCAGACGUAUGGGGACGCAAAUCCUUCUUGCUGCUAACGGUCUUCUUCACGUGUGCACCCAUUCCACUGAUGAAGAUCAGCCCAUGGUGGUACUUUGCAGUCAUCUCCAUGUCCGGCGUCUUUGCCGUCACCUUCUCUGUGAUCUUUGCCUAUGUGGCGGAUAUCACGCAGGAGCAUGAGAGGAGCACAGCAUAUGGUUUGGUAUCAGCUACCUUUGCGGCCAGCCUGGUUACCAGCCCGGCCAUCGGAGCUUACCUGUCUGUGGCCUACGGCGACACCUUAGUGGUGAUCCUGGCUACCGCCAUCGCCCUGCUCGACAUCUGCUUCAUCCUGGUGGCCGUACCGGAGUCGCUGCCAGAGAAGAUGAGGCCAGCAUCAUGGGGAGCACCCAUCUCCUGGGAACAGGCAGACCCCUUCGCUUCUCUGCGUAAGGUGGGCCAGGACUCCACGGUGCUCCUCAUCUGUAUCACAGUGUUUCUCUCCUACCUCCCCGAAGCCGGCCAGUACUCCAGCUUCUUCCUCUAUCUCAGACAGGUCAUAGGCUUCUCAUCAGCGACAGUGGCUGCCUUUAUCGCUGUUGUGGGGAUCCUCUCAAUACUAGCCCAGACGGUGGUGUUGGGGAUCCUGAUGCGUUCCAUAGGGAACAAGAACACAAUCCUGCUCGGCCUCGGCUUCCAGAUCCUCCAGCUGGCGUGGUACGGCUUCGGCUCUCAGCCCUGGAUGAUGUGGGCUGCUGGAGCGGUCGCAGCCAUGUCCAGCAUCACUUUCCCCGCCAUCAGCGCCAUCGUGUCCCGUAAUGCAGAACCUGACCAACAAGGUGUUGUUCAGGGGAUGAUUACUGGUAUUCGGGGCCUCUGUAAUGGUUUGGGCCCAGCUCUUUACGGUUUUGUCUUCUACCUGUUCCACGUGGAGCUGACUGACACGGACGGCUCCGGUAAAGGUGCCAAACCCAACAUGGCCAACCCCACUGAUGAGAGUGCCAUCAUCCCGGGUCCUCCCUUCCUGUUUGGUGCAUGCUCAGUGCUGCUGUCCCUGCUGGUGGCCCUGUUCAUCCCGGAGCACACAGGACCCGGCACGAGGCCCGGCGCCUAUAAGAAGCACAGCAACGGGGCACAGAGUCACUCCCACAGCCCUCAGGGCAGCGGGGCCGAGGGCAAGGAGCCGCUGCUGGAGGACAGCAGUGUAUAACCACCGCUAAGGGGGGCAGACGGCGCUCCAACGCACACAUGGACACACAUUUUACCACACGGACACACUCUCACCUCAGGCACACAUCAGACUCAAGUGCCAUGAAGAGGUGUUUGUGUCCACGGCACAAAAGAAGUGGGCACUCCUUCCUUAGCAGCCCUUUUCUUUUUUUUAAAAGCAGGGUAUUGUGAGGACUCUCUAAAGACCCUGUAUAAAGAGAGAGUGUUGAGUAUUUUUUUGGGCUGCAGUGGAAAGGUGUGUGACUUGGCUGAGCUGGACUCUAAUCCUUGGUUUCUAUAAAGCGGUAACAGAGUGGAGCAUACAACAGCUUGCCCCCCCCCCCUCCUCCUCCUGGUGCAAAACAGAAGUGAAAUGAUUUGGUUUAGAGUGUGAGUGGGGUAGAUCUCUACUGUUACUAAAUCCCUGUGUGACUCUUCAUAUUCUUCUGUAGCCAGUGAAGUGGCAACUUUGUUUGUUUGUCCAACGGGAGUGUAACAAACAGCUAGUUGAGCACUUGUCUCUUUCACAAGCUAACUUCUGUUGCGAUGCUUGUCGUCGGCUCUGUUAAAGCAACCGAGAAGGGAACACAGUUGUUCCUCUGAAUGCACAGCGGCGACUGUACACCUGCGAGGGGAGUCUCUGCAAACCAGUGUUGGGAGAGGCGCUGCCUCAUCUAGGUCAGGAUGGGUCAACCAGUUCAGAUAUAAAAAGCUUCGUAAGACCACACUUUGUUCAAACAUCACACUUCUUACAGAGAGAAGUGUGCGAGAAAGACCACUUUAUUAGCGGAAACUGUUUUUCAAUGUUUACUUGCCAUUCUCUAGAUUAGUAGUACAGUUUGGGUUGUAUAUUUUUCUCUGUUCAAACUGAAGGCUAGUUGUGCUUCAAGUUUUUAUUCAAGAAACAAAUGUUGCCUCGAAGUGACUUAAUAUAUAUAUAUAUAUAUAUAAAAAUAUAUAUAUUAAUUACGUAACCUGUAUGAAGACCGAGGUCUGAGAAGGCUCUGUAAUCUUACGCUAUCGCUCCCAUCGGAGCCGUUACACACUUUUUAUUCUCUUUGUUUUCAUGCCCCUUCCUGUUACGUUGUUUCCUGACAUUUAUCACCAUCAGGGUUAAAGCUUACAGAACCAUGGUUUAAUUUUAAGAGGACCAUUUGGAGCUAGAGCGUUGCUAUCAGCAAGUCAGUGUCGGCACUGACCGUUUAAUACGGACUCUUUGAAUUAAUAUCAUUAGGUUAAACAGAAUAUCACUCGUGCUGCUGCAGUAGAUAAUUCAAAGGUUAAGUGUGAUGUAAUGUGGCGGAUGAAGAUUUCUACAGUGGCAAUAUGAACAAUGAAACGGUUUCACAGAAUUUAAGCUUCCAUACAAACAGCUAUUUACAGGCACUGCAGGUUUCUCAAACAAUAACGAACAGAUGGUAUAAACUUAAUAUGUGAAGCACCUCAAGGAACUGGCUUCAAACUCCCAUUUAACAGGCUUCAGAAUUCUCCACAAAAGCGAACCAUUUACAUGUUAACCUGCGUCACCUAAAGGGAAAAAAGGUCGUUGCAACUGUAGUUCAGACUAAUAGAUGCAAAAAAAGGUCUGUCGCCCCCUACAGGCAAAGAAGGUUACAGUUGCUACAAUUUUAGCAAAUGUUGCUGCUACAGAUUUUUCUUUUUAAAAGCAGAUGAGUGUUUUUAAGGUUUUACAUUUUCCACAAACACCUGUUAACUACGAUAAAGUAAAAAAAUAUUGUCACUCAAGGUUCAAUAUUCAAUUUAUUCAUUCAUAAAAACAAACUAAGAUUAGAAGUCUAGUUUAAUUUAGUUUUUGUCCUCUCUUCUACCCUCCCUCUUCAAAUAUCAACCUACAAAGUAACCAGGAGGUCGGAGGUUACACGAUGACAUUGAGAGCAUUGUGAAUGUCCCAGAAGUCAAUAAUAAAUAUGAUCCAGUUAACAAAUGAAAUAAAAUGUAAAACCUAAAAAUAUUCACACUAUCAAGAGCCUGAAAGUGUCCAAACUGCAGCAUGUGUUGCGUUUCUUCCCUGUGGAUGGUGCACAUCAGCACAUCUGUCUGCAGGUGUAAAGUGCUGUGGUUACCUUUCUUGCCAGUAGAUGGCGCCAGUUGAACAUGAACUGCAGGAUGAUAUGGGUCUGCGCCUGGUUUUGGUGCUUCGCGUCAGUGACACUGUGUUCCCUUUGUUCACGUACUGCAUUAGCAACUGGUAAACUUCAUCAUCGUAACUUUCAAAAGUUAAUUUAUAAAUGCCUCAAGUGCAUUUAAAUAGCCAAAUUACAAGCUGACAUGGAUCAGUAGCUUACAUUAGGUUUCAUGCUGUUUAACAUCUAUCUGAAGAGAAAUGUACGAUAUAUAUUUUGUGCCAAAUUGUUUUUGUUUUUUGGUUUGCUUUUUCAUACUGUGUGUAUGUGUGCUUGAGUGAUUUGAAUAUUUUUUCUUUGUUUUGUUUUCUCUUGUCUUAAUUUCUUUGGCUGAAGGUUUAAGUUUUAAUGCUAUUUUUUAUAGCGUUUAAAGACUUCAUCCAGUCAUUUUUAGGAAUCUUCAACAUUGUGGCUAGAUGGUAAAUUAUCAAAUAUCCAGCUGUCUGUUUUUCAGUCUCGAUCUUCAUUUAAUAACAAGCAUUUCAGUUAGUUAAUAUCUGAUCUUUUUCCCAGAUUUAUCAGUAGAUAAUAACAGAAAUCACUGAAUGUUCCAAGCUAAGCUGUACAUGUUGAUCACUCUAUACCCUCAACAUUUUGACUGUCAUAGUUUUUAUUAUUUCACAAGGGAUGUCACUAGACAGGAGGCCAUUGAUUUAAUCUCUGAAUAUCAUUUUUUUUAUUAUCAUAUAUUGAACCAACACAUUGGUAAACCCAUAAAUUCAGAUCCUACUACAAUUGGUAAGAUUCUGCACCAGCCCCAUGUGCACUCGUACAGCUUCCAAGCAGACGACUGUAAUUGUACAAAAAUCACCCGUACGUACAGCUAAUGUAUAUAUUUAUUGCUCAAGGAGACGGCCACCUCAUGGUCUAUUUGGUUGUAUGGUGCAAUUAUUAUUCUAUAUUUCUCAAGACUUACCUGCUAGCCACUCCUGUUUUUAGUACGAUGUGGUUUGUGGCCUGAACCCCCUCUCUGUGUGCCUAAAAUUAGCCAAGAAAUGAGUAUGGCAACAUAAGUAAAUGGUGGUUAUUAUGUAAAUAUGGGAAACUAAUGACAAACUAUUUAUUAAAGGUUUAUUGUACAAUGAAAUGUUUGAGUUUGUGGGUGUUUACCAUACAUUUAGUUUCAUCAGGGUGUGCCUCGGCAAGUAAUCAACUAAUAAUUCCUUUAGUGUUGUGUUUAAAACGGGGAUCAUGAAUUGAAUGGCUGCUAAAUCCCAUUAGAUCCCAUUACAAACAGUUACUCCAUUCAGCUUUUACUCACUUUUCAUAAUACCUGACUUUUUGUUUAAUGCUGUCGGUUGUUUGUUUAUUAAAGCUGCCCCUCUAAUGCUUUUCUUCACCUACACACUGUAUGUACUCAACUGUUAUUAAUGCACAGACCUAAAGCUUAUUUACCUUC